GUAUUUUUUCUAAAUACCAGUAUUACAAAAGUUAUUAAAGGUGGAUACUUUUAUCUGAAAAGCACUGUAUAUAUGAAUCAAAAACAUUUAAUUUCUAAUAAAGAAAUUUUAAAUCUAGCCACUUCUUUGUGGGCUAAGCCGGUUACGUACGUGUAUAGUAAAUAUGCACCUUUAAUUAAAUUUUAAUUUUAUUGCGUGGGUUCUGACCCAGAUGACCAAUCAGCAUCCGAUCUUAUAGGAAUCCUAAGAGGUACCUAUCGGCGGUAGGACGGUACCACGCACGUAUAGUACGCUAGAUGCAACAGUCAUGCCGCGACUCUUGUUACGGUCAAAACACUACUGACACAUAGUGCCACCACGUGGUCGCAAUCAUGAGAAAGAUUGUUUUUAUUAUUGCGGUUAUCACUUCUUUUUUCUUCACAGUUCACCCUCGAAACUCAAAAUCUCGCCGAUUUAUUUCGAAUCGAACCUAUCUACCCAGAUGUAAAUUUGAUGAAAAUAUUUUUAGAAGUAAUGAACUUUUUGCACAGAAAAUAAAAGAGGCGGAAGUAGUAUUCACAGGAAAAGUCACUAGUGAAGUUGUUAUUAUAAACAAUAGCACUGUUUUGUUUAGUGUUAUCGUGCGAAGAUAUUUUAAAAACAACGUUGGUUUGUCUAAGAACAAAGAAGUGCGUAUUGUGAAACCAUUGAAAGAAGGGGAAGGUGUGAAGUGUAGACAGCCACUAAGGGUUAAAUAUACGGCGAUAUUUGUUGGACGAAAAUAUCUCAGGGCGCAGGAUGUUGAUGUUAUUCUUGCUGUUCCUCCAAUUCCUGUUACUCUCAAUAAUUUGGACAGGGUGAGCGCCGCCACUAAAGGUAUGGAUCUUUAAGUAACAAAUAUUUGAAGAUCUACUAUAUAUACU